UUUGACAAGGUCUCUACUGACCCAGGGGUGACCAUGACCUGCUGUGAAGGAUGGACAUCCUGCAAUGGAUUCUGUUUGCUGGUUCUGCUUAUACUGGGGAUAGUUCUCAAUGCAGUGCCUCUAAUUGUCAACUUUGUUGAGGAAGACAAACUUUUUCAAAAUCCCAUCUCUUGCUUUGAAUGGUGGCUCCCAGGAAUUAUAGGAGCAGGUCUGAUGGUUAUUCCAGCAACAAUGAUGUCCUUGGCAGCAAGAAAGAGAGCGUGCUGCAACAACAAAACCGGAAUGCUUCUUUCAUCAUUUUUAAAUGUGAUCACAGUCAUUGGUGCUGUGUAUUGCAUGUUGAUCUCUAUCCAGGCUCUCUCAGAAGGUCCUCUCAUAUGUAACUCUCCAGGCAACAGUACUGCCAACUGUGAAUUUUCAUUGAAAAAUAUCAGUGACAUUCAUCCAGAAUCCUUCAACCUGCAGUGGUUCUUCAAUAACUCUUGUGGUUUCAAUUACCCCACCAGCAAUGAUAUGGCCAAUGACUGGAGUAAACCUCUUUUGAACUUCGACCCUGAAGAAAACAAAUAUAAGAUUAUCCACCUCUCGGUAUUUUUAGGUCUGUUGCUUGUUGGAAUUCUUGAGCUCCUGUUUGGGCUCAGUCAGAUACUCAUUGGUUUCCUUGGCUGUCUGUGUGGCGUCUCUAAGCAAAGAGGCCAAAUUGUGUAAUUUAAUAGUAAUAAAAUGGAGCUAUCAGUAGUUU